UUAAAACGGUGUAGCUUAGUGAUGGAGAAAAUAGAGAUUGGAGUUUGGGAACAAAAGUCGUGGAGCUAUUGGUUUGCGUGAGCCAUAUACAUAAGCAACCAAACCCACCGUUUGUCUUUCAGUUACAUUCAUAACACAGCAAAGCCAAAAGGCAGAGAAAGAGAAAGAAGAAAAGAAACAUGGAGUGGUGUUUGUCAAUGCCAAAGGUUGAACUGCAUGCUCACCUCAAUGGAUCCAUCAGAGACUCCACACUUCUAGAACUCACGGAGGGUUUGAUUGGAAAGGGUGUCAUAGAUAUCUCGGAAGUGGAACAUAUCAUCAAGAAAUACAACCGUUCCGUGGCUGAAGUUUUCAAGCUGUUUGACCUAAUCCACAUUCUCACUACUGAUCACAACACUGUCACUAGAAUUACCAGAGAAGUUAUUGAGGAUUUUGCAUCAGAGAAUGUUGUCUAUCUUGAGUUGAGGACUACUCCAAAGAGAAAUGAUUCCGUGGGAAUGACCAAACGCUCUUAUGUUGAAGCUGUUAUCAAAGGUCUGAGAUCAAUCACUUCUGUUGACGUGGAUUUCGUUCCGCGUUGUGAAGAUUCAAAGAGUCUUUUUAGUUCUGUACCUGCAAUUGGACAUGUGAGAAAAAGAAUCUAUGUCAGGCUUCUCUUGAGCAUUGACAGAAGAGAGACAGCAGAAGCAGCAAUGGAAACUGUCAAGCUUGCACUGGAAAUGAGGCCAUUUGGGGUGGUUGGAAUUGAUCUCUCUGGAAAUCCAAAUAUUGGUGAUUGGGCCACGUAUUUGCCGGCAUUGAAAUUUGCUCGAGAACAAGGCCUUUAUGUAACACUUCACUGUGGCGAGGUACCUAAUUCAGUGGAGAUAAAAAAUAUGCUUGACUUUCGUCCCCAAAGGAUUGGACAUGCUUGUCACUUGGAGGAUGAACACUGGAGACAGCUGAAGUCGUCCAAGAUUCCGGUUGAAAUCUGUUUGACAUCAAACAUUAGGACACUGACUAUUCGAUCCAUAGAUGUUCACCAUUUCGGUGAUCUGUACAAAGCAAAACAUCCUUUAGUCCUGUGUACUGAUGACUCGGGUGUGUUCUCUACCAGUCUCACCGAGGAAUACAAAUAUGCUGCUGAUUCAUUUGGGCUGGGAAGGAGGGAAAUGUUUGAGCUGUCAAGGAAUGCUAUUGAGUAUACAUUUGCAGAUAGCAAAAUAAAGGAAGAUUUAAGAAAUUUUUUCAAUUCAGUGGCAAAAAAAUAUUGAAGUGCAUUUAGAUUACUUUAGAUGUUACCCAGCGAUCCUUCUGCGUCCUGUCCCUUAUCCUAGAUUGAAAAAAAUGAAUGAAGUGAUAAAAUAAGGGUGUAGUAUAUGCAUCUGAUCAAGUUUAUGAGUAUUUUAAUUGAAAUCAGCAGCAAAGUUAUCCUC